AUGUCUGCUCCCACAGGCAUCGCCGUCUCCGAGGAGCUCUCCUCCGUCUUCGCAAGCGCGAUCGAGUCUCAGAACGUCCGAUUCCUCAAGAUCUCCAUACGCAAUGAAUCUCUCGUCCCGGACGAGUCAAUCCCGCCCUCGGGGACUCUCGAGCAAGAUCUGGAUAGGUUGAACAGUAUCGUGGACGACGAUAUCCCGGCGUAUGUACUUGUGAGGCUCGAUGACCCUCCCUCGGAAUGGCUCGCGAUCUACUACGUUCCUGAGACCGCGAAAGUGAGAGACAAGAUGCUCUACGCUGCUACCAGGACAGCCUUGACGAAGUCCCUUGGUGCAGCUCAUUUCCCGGAUAGUAUAUUCGCGACAAGUAAGGACGAUCUGUCCGCGAACGCUUACGCGAAACAUAAACAGCACCUUGCGGCCCCGAAGCCUAUGAGUGCGAGGGAGAAAGAGAUUGAGGCUGUCAAAGCCGCUGAACGGCAGGCCGGUGGUUACACCUAUGAGGGGAGCAACGCCAGAAGGAGCCAUGUCGCCUCGGGCGUUGGUUUCCAGUGGUCGCACGAGGCAGACAGCGCCAUCAAGGAAUUAGCAUCCGGCUUAGGCAUCUCACUGGUAGUGUUGCGCAUCGAUGCAUCGUCGGAGACCAUCACAUUAUCGUCUACCAAAGACUGCCCCGUGGAGCAAUUAGGUUCUUCCUUGCCUACUUCAGAACCUUCGUAUGCGUUCUUCGCUUUGCCACAAUCGCUUACCUCGUCACAACGAGAACUUGUUUUCAUAUACUCGUGUCCCUCCUCGUCCCCUGUCAAGAACCGUAUGCUCUACUCGUCCGGGUUCAUCUCAACCUGCUUGGACGCCAAGAAGAUACUCGAGCUGGCGGGCAGUGUGGCCACCAUUACAGCGCGCAAGAUCGAAACCUCAGAUCCUAGCGAACUGGACGAAAAGUAUCUUGCUGUAGAGCUGGGCCGCGACGGUGUAGCGGCCGCUUCAGCCGCUGCUCCUGUCGUGCAAGACGAGAAGAAAGCAUUUGCGCGCCCCAAGGGACCUGGCAGGAAGCGGUAG